AUGAGUUAUCAGAAACUGCAGAAGGCAACCGCCGGUCACGCACCCGGCCCGGCAGUGAGAGUCGAUGAACCCAGUAAGGGAAACCUGGGCUUUAUUCAUGCCUUUGUGGCAGCCCUCUCAGUCAUCAUUGUCUCUGAACUGGGAGACAAGACAUUCUUCAUCGCAGCCAUCAUGGCUAUGCGCUACAAUCGCCUCACUGUUUUGGUGGGCGCCAUGUUGGCUCUGGGACUCAUGACGUGUCUGUCAGUCCUGUUUGGUUAUGCCACCACCAUUAUCCCACGGAUUUACACCUACUACAUAUCGACAGCGCUGUUUGCCAUAUUUGGUGUGAGGAUGCUGAGGGAGGGACUGAGGAUGAGUCCUGAUGAAGGGCAAGAGGAGCUGGAGGAGGUCCAGGCUGAGAUAAAAAAAAAGGAUGAGGAGCUUCAGCGCUAUAAGCUAGCCAGCGGCGCACCCGACAUGGAAGCAGGGACGGCGGCGACCAUAUUACCUCAGAGGAAGUGGCACAGCGUGAUCUCACCUAUAUUCAUUCAGGCACUCACCCUCACCUUCCUCGCUGAGUGGGGUGACCGCUCUCAGCUUGCCACUAUUGUGCUGGCUGCAAGAGAGGAUCCAUUUGGAGUAGCAGUUGGAGGAACAUUGGGACACUGUCUGUGCACAGGCCUGGCUGUUAUCGGUGGAAGGAUGGUGGCUCAGAAAAUCUCCGUUAGAACCGUUACAAUCAUUGGUGGAAUCGUUUUCCUUGCCUUUGCAUUCUCCGCCCUCUUUAUCAAGCCCGAUUCUGGAUUCUGAUGGAAGAAUUGACUCUUGGUUUCAUUUUGUAUAUAUGCAACCCAGACCAAGUGGAACAGAGAGAGACUGCACAAAGACUGCAGAUGGCUUGUUUAUGUUUGAGUGAAUCUCUUUUGUGCAAGUAUGACUGAGUGAAUGAAAGAAAAAACAUUUACUGCUCAUGUCUUAAUGAGCAUUUCAGUUUUUUUUUUUUUGCUUAAUCCCUCCCUGUUUUUGUCUUUCUUUUCUUUCAACCAGACACUGUUCUAUUUUUAGAUGAUCAUUAUAUUUCCCCUGACUGUAUGCUGCCUAACAAUUUACUUGAACUUGCCAGAUGUUUGUCCUGGCAUAUAGUAACAUUUUAAAUAACAAAUCAUGAAUCUUGUUUCCUUUUUGUUUUACCCCUGUUUGAGCAGUGUGCUAUGGGUAAAUACUGGCCUGGUUCCA